CUCCGCCGCAGGUGUCGCACUUUCUUCCGUCUUUGAAACAUCCCGAAUAACGAAAAUAUGGUUUUCUUUGAAUAACUUAUAAAAAAAAAAAAACGUUUUACCGUUUAUUUGUUAUUUAUUUUUUUAAAAGUUAUUAAUAAUUGUUACGUUAUCUCGAUGACAACUGAAUAUUGACAACCGCGUGACCAAAUGAACCGAUAAUCGCCGACAACGUCUAAACGAAUUUCUGACGUGGAGGAUAGAAAACUUUCAAAAAUUAAACCGUUCUUGAGUAAGGGAGCAGCUGGUGGAAUGUUCUGCUAUCAUUGCCCAGCGCCCCCUCUACAUCCAACACCACCAACGCGGAUACCGUCAAUCGACUACCCGUUUUCAUCGUCUCAUCCAUAUUCUAGCUACUCGUAUCAUCCAGCUAUUCACGAUGAUUCAUUUGUGAGGCGCAAGCAAAGAAGAAAUCGAACUACAUUUACUUUACAACAACUCGAGGAAUUAGAAACAGCAUUCGCUCAGACCCACUAUCCCGAUGUGUUUACUAGAGAAGACUUAGCGGCCAAAAUUCAAUUAACUGAAGCUCGCGUCCAGGUAUGGUUUCAAAACCGUCGGGCCAAAUGGAGAAAAGCGGAACGACUGAAAGACGAGCAGAGGAAACGAGAAGAGCACGACAGGACGGGGUCGCUCCAAGAGCAGUUGGAUCAUAUGGCCAAAGACAUGCAGCAUUCGCCUACCACUAAAGGAGACGCUAUAGAAGGAGAACAUAGAGACGACGGGCAUAGUGGAAGUGAACCGGACGAAGACGCUAGAACCAGCACGGUACAUAUCUCUGACAGAAGUGAAUCACCGGCCAGUUGCAGCGGUAUGAACGGAAGUGGCACCGAAGAUAGACCGUUGUCGCCAUCACCCACAGGAAACGGAACGACCGUGCCCGACUCGCCGACUCCAAGUCUUAGUCCAAGUGCGUCUCAAGUGCGACCACCCGUUAGCGUGGCCACGUCCACGUUCAAUCAUUCCAUAUUCACGCCAUUCUCGUCUGAAGGCAAUGGAUUUAGACCAGUUUCCGAUCCGGCAAUAUCCAGACCCAUAUUUCUGCCACCUCAUUUCGGAUCGUUACCAUCGCCUCUGUUCACUGGCCUCAAAGGAUUCGGAUGCAGUUGUUGUACGAUGAAGCCGUUUGGUUCGAUGUCCGAAGGUUCUGGAGGCGGCGGAGCCGAGCACCGUUCGUCUAGUGUGGCCGAACUAAGACGCAAGGCCCAAGAACAUUCGGCCGCGCUCUUCCACAGUCUGCAGCACGUUGCCAACAUGCAGCACCACGCGGCCGCGGCCGCCGCGUUCCAGUUGCCCGUCGGCCUCGGGCUGCAGUUGCCAUCACUGACGUCCACGUUGCACGCGCUGGCCGCCAACCGCAAGGCUGACCAUCAUCAACAGAUGCCGCUGCCGCAUCCACAGCCCCUUUCGCUGACCACCUCGUCCACCGAAACGACCGCCACGACCACAUCGCCGGUACAACCGCCGUCGGAGUCCAAUAAUAACAACUAAUCAACGUGCCCUAGUAGGCCCUAGUUCGGUUAUUACCUUACUGAUAAGCUAUAUGUAAUGCGAUGUAAGUAUUUAUAUUUUAUGUCAUAUUAAACAACCAAACACUCUCAGGUACCGCAUACAUUUGCAUCAAAAAGUCAAAAGGCCCACGUGUUUUUGUACGAAAUCUAUUCCUGCAUUGCAAUUUUUGAUAAUUGUACAUUUAUAUUUAUAUUAUUAUAAUUAUUAUUACUAUAGUAUGUUAUACAUUAUUGUAAGUAGAUAUGUAAAAUAUAAUAUCAUCAGUAUAGAUAACGAAAAUAUAUUAUUAUCUAUCUUAACGGUAAUACAUCGAGUAAAAAUAAUAAAACGAUAUAAAGAUGAAUAU